UUAUCCAAGGCCACUUUCAAUAAUUCGGCAUUGUCCGAGGCCACUUCCAAUAAUUCGGCAUUGUCCGAGGCCACUUCCAAUAAUUCGGCAUUGUCCGAGGCCACUUUCAAUAAUUCGGCAUUGUCCGAGGCCACUUCCAAUAAUUCGGCAUUGUCCGAGGCCACUUCCAAUAAUUCGGCAUUGUCCGAGGCCACUUCCAAUAAUUCGGCAUUGUCCGAGGCCAAUUGAAAUAAUUCAUGUCACUCACAUCGCCUAAGUUUCGUUAUUGUUAUCCCAGACCGACUACAAAACUGGAGUAUCACCUCUUGUCGGAUGUUCGAGAUCAUUCAACGUACGUGACGUGCCCGUUACAGUUGCCCGUACUUAACCAAAAAAGUGGCGAAUAUCGACAAGUUUUAGUAAAACUCCGCCAUAUCAAAUUUCACGAAAAUUAAUUCAAGUUAUUUUCCAUUUCCUAUACGCAGAUAGGAUUUUUUGUGAUUUUCAGUUUCGAAAGCGCCCAAAAACCACCAGUGAAAGGGUUAUAAUAUCUUAAUGUUUUACUGAACGGAAAUACCAAUACCGAAAUGGGACUACGCCGUGGCGCGGAUUGAUACAUUGUCCGGCCAAGUGAGCGCGAGGCAUGGACCAUUCGCUGCAUUUAUUGAACUAUGCAGCCUACCCCGGAAAUUUAUUUGCUGUUAGGACAAUAGCGUGUGUUGUCUGAAUUGAGACGAGUGAAUCGAAUCGGACCCUUGAAAUUGUGUUUCUUUUCUUCGACUAAAACCGAUGAAAUGCGGGAAAGCAGCCCGAAAUCUGUGACUGAAUUGUAGGUCAUGACAGUUCACACUAUUUUGCCAGAAUCACGGGAAAUGGACGUGAUAUUUUCACUUUUAUUCUUCAUACUCCUCCGACUCAUUCGCGGGGGAAAAAAAAACUCGAAUGGCACGCGAAUGUUUUUUGAAAAGUCUGAUCCACCAUCAAGGGAGACCUACAAUUUGACAGAAUAAGAAUUUAGAAAAUCGUUCUAAAGGAGUUAUCAAAUUUUAAAUAGGGUAAAGGAACAAGAGCGUGAAGCUGACCGAGUGUCUUGUAUCUAAAGACAGGGUAUCGAAUGCGUGGAUCUUUAAUCCCAUGUCUCUUAGACGCCUUAAUAGUAUCCUACUUAGAUACAGCGCAAGGGAUACGAAUGGAAUGAAGAGAAAUCACGUCCAAUCAUUUAACAGCAAGCGAAUUAAAAGUGAUUUUAUUAAUACGUCAUAGCUUUUGGGGACAGACCACUUCGAAGACUCAUUCUUCGUUGGGGAAGAUAAUAUUAAAGCGGAUAAACGGGUUCUGCGAAUGGAGUGAACUUAGGCUCUUUAUUUUUGAGAACACGGCUAUUAAUUUUCGUGUUCCAAGACAGGGCAGUCAUCGAUCGAAUUUGUACCUGUAAACUGCUCAUGAAAGUUUGUCAGUCUUUUAGUUAAUCGGUGGUAUCGCCAGCUGCUGGCCCACUGGUACUGAUACCCACCUGACACUACUUCCUCUAGCUUCAGAUGUGAAAACAAAAGAACAGAUCUGUGUAAGAACAGCAAAUGAAUUAGUUUUGUGCACGAGUUUUAGUUGUCGCCUUUUUAUUUCACAGAACAAUGAGUGAUGUGAAACAGAGGCAAAGAUUCUUGAAAAGAAACACCGACUGAUCCCAAUAGAUCACAACAAACGCCAGUUUUUGCUGGUGGCCGCCCCAUAUUCUGCGAAUCAGUCACCAUCCUCCCCUGGCGGUUCAUCUCGCCCUGGUAUAUAUAUAUCGGAGACAUCAGCUGAUGUCAGUAUCAGUUACCUGUGCAGAGCACCUCAAUCGACAAGUCUCUUGGAAGACCAUCCCUGACUCCUUGUAGUAAAAUCUUACUUCAACUCAAGAUGAAAGUCAAGUGUCUGAUCCUCUUCGUUUGCUUUGGCGUAGCUGCCUGCAUUCCAACUGAUCUAGCAGCAGAGGAGUCCUCUAUGCUGGAAAUCAGAGCAAAGCGUGAACAUUCAGUCAACGAGAAUGACCAUGACUUUGGCAACCUGGGUUCCGCCACCAAGAAUUACGGCUAUGGGGGUGCCUACGGAGGCAAUGGACACCACCACGGCGUGGGGUACAGCAUCGGCAGUGGCUUGGUGUCAAUCGCCCAGGGUGCAGCUGACCAGGCCAAUACUGCCAUCCAGAACCAGCACGAAGCCGGCGGGCAAGCAGCUUUCCAGGCGAAGAACAGUCUUGCGCAGAACGCAGCUGCGGCCGCAGCUACCGCGCAGGCAGCCCUAACAGGAAAGCAAGUAAUCGUGAGCAACCUAGAGCAGCAAGCCCGCGACACUCAGGGCCAGGUCGACUCCGAGGCUCAGCAGCUGACACAAGCCCAGCGCGCAGCCGCGGCUACCCAGCACUCUGCCCAGCACGCCCAGGCACAGGUCCGGUCGCUGACAGCUGCCCUGAACGCCGCACAAACCAACGCUGACCAGGCAGUACGAGCUGCACAGGAAGCUGCGUCAGAAAUGGCAUCUCAGAGCAACAUGUUGGCGGCUGCCAAGCAGCGUCUGGCCGUCGUGACGGAUCAGCUGGCUGACGCACGAGCAGAUCUCGAGGCCACACAGAAUGCAGCACACCGGGCCGCUGCUGCUGCCCAGACAGCCCAGGCCAAUGCUGCCAAACACGCUGUUGGCAUCCAUGGAGGAUUCGACGAUGCAGGUUUCAGGGGUGGCUUCCAUCAUCAUUUCUAGUUUAGCUUCAGUCCACUUUCUUACCUCUCUCAAUUCCUUAGUUACUUUCUUCUUUAUUAACAACCUUCUAUUAUCCUAUUAUCGUUUAUUCCGUCCUUAAUCCAUUCUUUUCUUUCUUCCCACUUUCCCUCCUUCUGCUCUUUUAUUUCUCCCCUCGUUGAUUCGUUCUUCCUCUUUCCAUACUUCUCGUCCCUGAUAUAUCCAAGGGACGUCUAUUUACCAGUGCAAUAUACAUAUAUACACAGAUAUUUAGAAAUUAACACCUACUUAUAUUAUACAAUGUGUAAGUACAGGCUACUGAGGUUGGAACAGGACAAACACAUGACAUUCCACAGGAAUGCACAAUGUGUGGAACGUAGCUCACUCUUACACCAAACCUAUAAUAAAAUUGUUUGCUGUUAAUUCUGUUUCUUCAUGCUAAGGCUUCAGGCAUGUUUAUGUAAGAAUGGCUUUUAUAAUAAAGAGAAGCUUAUUAACAAGA